UUCACUUCACUUCUGUUCUCUGUUCCGUUGAGUGAUCAAUCAUUCACGCACUUUCCAUUCUCUCUCUCUCUCACACACACUUUCUAUUUCAUUAUCUGAGUUUUUUUUUAUUAUUAUUCUUUUUCUUUCGUUUUUUCAAUUCUCCGUUUCCCAAAUCCAUGAUUGCAUCUGGCGUCGAACUGCUUGCGCCGCCGCCGACGACUCCCGAUCUCCGGUGACCGGAAACCGAUUCUAUGUUCAGCUCGAGUCCCGCUAUGGGAAGCCGCAACAACACCACCCUGGAGACGGUGAGCGCUGCGGCCACAGCCAUCGUCACCGCCGAAUCCAGAGUUCAACCGACCGCCGCGCCGGCCUUGUUGUGUACCGAGAAAACAACGUGCCAAGGACGGGGGAAAAUGGGGAUCUCGUGUUCUGUGUUUGCUGUUUCGAGUUUUGUGUCUAAUGUUUCUCUGUUUUCUGUAUUUUAUUUUUUAUUUUUUAUUUUAUUUUCAUGGUGAAGGUCUGGUCUAGUCUUGUUUGACUGGAUGGUGGUGGCGUCGAAAGAAAAAACGUUGGGGAGGCUGCUGGAGCCAAUAUUGGUGCUUUGGAUCUUGUAAAAGCAGUAAAAGCAGCAAACGAAUUGGCCAUGCUGUCCUUGUUCCUGAACCUGUUGCACCAACUGGUCCAGCUGCUGCUGCUGCUGCUACUGCACCACCAAAUCCUUCAACUGCCAUUGUAAUGCCAUUCAUUGCCCCUCCAUCUUCUCCUGCAUCUUUAAUCCAAUCUGAUCCACCAUCUGCUAUUCAAUCACCGCCUGGAUUACUUUCACUCUCUUCUCUUGCGGCCAAUGCUUACUCUUCUGGUGGUCCAGCAUCCAUGUUCACCAUUGGUCCAUAUGCCUAUGAGACUCAACUAGUUUCUCCGCCCGUAUUUUCCAACUUCACAACUGAACCAUCCACUGCUCCUUUUACUCCCCCACCCGAAUCUGUGCAUCAAACAACGCCUUCAUCCCCUGACGUUCCAUUUGCUCAAUUGUUGGCAUCUUCACUGGACAGGGCUCGGAAAAGUAAUGGGAAUCAAAAGUUUGCAUUAUACAAUUAUGAUUUUCAGCCUUACCAACAAUAUCCUGGAAGCCCAGGUGGCCAACUGAUAUCACCUGGAUCAGCAUUUUCAACUUCUGGCACUUCUACCCCGUUUCCUGAUAGACCCCCUACUCUCGAAUUCCGCAAAGGGGAAACACCAAAGAUCUUGGGUGUUGAACACUUCUCCACCCAAAGAUGGAGUUCAAGACUAGGAUCUGGAUCAUUGACACCAGAUGGUGCUGGGCAAGGUUCAAGACUUGGCUCAGGAUCCGUGACUCCUGACGGUGUUGGGCUUGCUUCGCGGAUAGGUUCUGGGUGUGUGACACCUGAUGGUCUGGGGCAGGAAUCCAGAAUAGGUUCUGGCUGCUUGACACCUGAUGGUGCUGGGCCCACCAAUCAAAACAUCUCUGUGGAAAACCAGAUUUCUAGGGAAGCAACUCUUGCUAACUCGGACAGUGGACAUCCAAGUAAUGCAACAUUGGUUGAUCACAGAGUUUCAUUUGAAUUAACUGGGGAAGAUGUUGCUCGGUGUCUUGCAAAUAAAACUGGGGUAUUGCUUAGAAAUAUGUCAGGGUCCUCACAAGGUAUACUGGCCAAAGACCCUGUUGACAGAGAAAGGGUGCAAAGAGACACCGAUACUAGCUGUAAUGUGUGUACAGAGAAAACAGAUGACAAGCCAUACAAUCGUACAGGAGAAGGAGAGCAAUGCUUCCAUAAGCAGAAUUCUGUAAAUUCUUCUAAAGAAUUCAAUUUUGACAGCAGUAAAGGAGUGGUUUCUGGUACUGGUGGCAGUGGCUCUGAAUGGUGGACUAACAGGAGGGUUGCCGGGAGGGAAGGUAGAUCAGCCAACAGCUGGGCUUUCUUCCCAAUGUUACAGUCAGAAAUGAACUGAGGUUUAGUUUACUACAAAAUGACUUAACCUGUAUGGUAUAAAGCAAAAAGGAUUUUCCAUUUCUCUGCAGAACCUCUAGUAUACUGAAUGUAUAUUUGAAGAAAUUGUCUUGAAUUCUGUUCAUCAUAUGCCUUUAGAAGAAUUUGCAGUAAAAGAAUGAUUGAGCAAGAGUCAGUUGAAACAACAGUUGUUAUAUUCCUUUAGGACCCAAGGUAGAAUGCAAGGGAAGCAUAGUGGUAGUAGGUAGGGUACCGAUAGUGGGUUAUAUUUAUAUAAUUAUGUGAAACAUUGCUUCUUGCAUUUCAUCGUUUCAAAUAUACAGAAAUAGCCAAGUAUAUGUAUUCCGUGUUGUGGAUUAUUGUAUUAUUUCCUAUCCAAUAAUAAAAAAAAAAUAUUAUAUUA